GGGCGCCGGAAGCCAGUUGGAAAUUCGAUGUGGGCCAUCUGAUCGAGAGGAUCAGCGAGUGGGGACAGUCCCGGGCCAUUUUUUCCACCAAACUAUCAGCGGGUGGGGAGAGUCCCGGGCCAUUUUCCCACCAAACUGUUGCAGGCUCUUCUUCUUCUUUCUUUUUUUUUUUUCUUUUUUUCUUUUUUAACACUUUCCCUGUCAUUGCAAAAUAGGAAGGACGAGGUGAUGCGCAGUAACUCGCGUUCAGCAGGGAGAAGAGACGCAGUUAGCCUACAGGAGUUCCUGCAAGAAAGGAGACUGGUGGACUCAUUCCGCAUCUUGAAUCCGGAUGAUCUAGCGUACACAUGGUACUCAAACAUCAGAAAGGAGAGAGGGGAGGUCACCAGAAGAAGGUUGGAUUAUUUUAUGGUGAGUGAAGGGAUGGCGCAGGGCGUGACCCAAGUUAGGCAAAUGCUGCACCCGAUGUCGGACCAUAAACCUGUGACAGCAGACUUCGUAGUAAGUCAGCCCCUAGAAAGAGGGAAGGGCUACUUUAAGCUGAAUGCUCAGAGCCUGGAGAUUCCAGGGAUUAGAGAUUGGGUGGCGGACCAAAUGCAGUCCUGGCAGUCAGCAAGGGCAGAUUUUACCUCUGCAGCAGAGUGGUUCGAUGCGGGAGCGGCUAUCAUUUCUGGGGUGUUAAAUAUCUGCUCAAGAAUCCUGGCGAGAGGGAGGAAUCAAGAAGAAGAAAGGUGUCGGAAACUAGUGGAAGAAGCGGAAAGAAGGAUUGAGGAGCAUCCCAUAUCUGAACUAGUCUGGGCUGCAGAGAGAGAAGCAAGGCUGGCAAACUGGGACAAGAUUCAGGUGGAGAAACAGGUGAGGUGGGAAGAAACGUUGAGGGUGAAGGGGAUAAUUUUCCAGGACAGAUUGAACAAGGAUACGUUAAGAAGACUGCUCCCCAGCAGGUCCUUCCAUCAAGUCGUCCAACUGGACCACCCCUUCGACUCCUCCGCACCUCCGGCAACAACUCCUGCAGGCAUCAUGGAAUAUGCAAGGACAUACUUUGCAGACAUUCUUACCACAAGAAGAGAGGAAGACACGGUGGACACAGACCUAGCAGGAGAGAUUGACAUGUGGCAAGACACGACGGUUUUGCUAUCUCCGGUGCAGAGACAGGCUCUAGACAGACCGGUCACCGGGGAGGAAGUGCAACAGACASUGAAGGAGAUGGUGUCAGGGAAGUGCCCGGGAAGGGAUGGACUAAUUGUAGAGUUUUACAGGGCUUGCUGGGAUGCAAUGGGACCAGCGAUGCUGGAAGUAUUCAAUGAAGUCCUAGAGGGGGGAAAGUUGGGACAAUGCAUGACACACGGGGUGAUCUCGGCGCUGUUCAAAAAAGGUGAUAAGGCCAAUGCACGUAACUACCGCCCGAUCUCAGUUCUAAAUGUCAGCUACAAGAUUCUGGCCAAGACGUUGGCGCUGAGGUUAGGGAAAUGCCUCCCAGAAUUGGUGGGCAGAGAUCAAGGUGCCUUUGUACAGGGGCGUUCCAUUUUCGUGAAUAUCCUUACAGCAAUCGAAUGCAUAGAAGAGAUUAGAGAAGGGCAGAUGGAUAUGGCCGUCCUGUUGCUGGGCAUGGAAAAGGCCUAUGACAGAGUCGGAUGGUCUUUUGUACUUACAACGUUAAGGAGGAUGAAUUUUGGCAAAGGGUUMUGUCGACGGGUUAUAGCUCUAUAUACGAUGGCCACAUCCUCGAUACAAAUCAACGGUCACCUUUCUUCCCCCUUCAAGCUGACGAGAUCGCUGAGGCAGGGCUGUCCCUUAGCCCCACUACUGUUUGAACUGCAGCUGGAGGUCCCGCUGAACAGAAUCCGGAAGCACCCAACUAUUCGAGGUCGACAAGUGUCUGAGACAAAGGAGUGUCGGUCAAAGGCCUUAGCAGACGACUUAUUCAUCGUGUCAAAGAACUCCGAAGCCUCACUAGGUGCUGUCAAGGAAGUCCUAAUGGAGUAUUCUCAGCUGUCAGAAGCCUUGGUCAACUGGAAUAAGUCGGUUUAUCUGUUGCCAACUGGCCGUGAGCUACGAGUGGAAUGGGGCAUGCAGCGGGUAGAUCCGGUUGCUGGUGAAUGCUUCUUGGGUGUGCUAGUGAGCACUCAGGCUAUGGGAGCAGCGCAAGGCGCAGUGAUCCACCAAAGAGUAGAGGCGAGGCUUGGAGGAUGGAGUUCGACCGGCCACCUGUCCCUAUUUGGCCGAGCCWUGGUAAUCAAUGCUGCCAUGUUCUCUUAAUCCAAUUUAUUGGGACGGUAAGAGAAAUCACRAAAC